GGCGACAUUACAAUCUCAACUCGACCCAAAGCACGACAUGGCGACGUAAACAAUAUUAGGACUAUAAUUUGUUGUUCGAAACGCGUUUAUUUUAGAUACACGGCUUUUGUUUUGGUUUUGUUUUACGCUUGCGACAGAGUGUGUUAACUCAGUCUGAGUUGUAAAUCACGGCUGAAGUCGAUAUUCGGCAAGUUUGGGGAUCUAAAGUAACGGCUAGGUCCACUGAGGCACGGUGUUGACGGUUUCAGCGCACGCAGUAAUGUAAAUAAGGGGUUUUUAUCCCGGAAAGCAGCACGUGAAGUGUGUACCUAAACGGAAAAAGUGUUAAAAACACGUGAAGACGCUUAACAAUGCCCGAGCUCAGUGGUAAAUACACGGAGGCCAGCAGCCCGAGAAAGCGCCGCCGGAGCCGCUCGAGCAGCGGAAGUGCGCGGAGUCGCUCGCGGGAGCGUGUCUCGAGCCCCGCGACCGAUAAUCACAGACACAACGGCACAGAAGAGCGGAAGUCGAAGUGGUCCGAUAGCAAAGAGAGGAGUCGGAACCGCUUCCGUGUUGGCGGCUCGCGCAGUCGGUCCAGAUCGAGAGAACGCGAGAAGUUGGCGUGGGCUGAUGAACGGGACCGGGGACACUAUGCGGGAUCACGAUCUGAUUACUACGACAAGAGAGACGAUAUCCAAAGGCAGAGACAAGAAGCUUUCAUUGCUAGGCGCUUGCAGGAGCGUGAAAGAAUCGGCGAGCUGGGAUGCCCAGAGGUCUGGGGCUAUUCACCAAGAGUCCGAGACCCAGACUCAGAUGAACACACCCCUGUUGAAGAUAAUGUGAAGCACAGCAGCUCAGCGUCAAGUUCAGAAGAGGACAAGAAGAAGAAGAAAAAGAAACGGAAAUCAAAAAAGAAGAAAUCGCGCAAGCACUCGGAGGACUCAGAAUCAGAAAGUGACUCCGAAGAAGAGGUCAAGAAGAAGAAGAAAAAGAAGAAAAGUAAAAAGAAGAAGUCAAAAAAGAAGAAGGCUAAAAAGAGCCGCAAAGAGUCGAGCAGUUCCAGCAGUGAUCAGUCUGCAGAGGAAGAAGAUGAACUCGGAGAAUUGUGGGUGGAGAAGACUCGUCUUGAUGAUCAUGUUGUUGGACCUGAAGCUCCUCUAACUCACAUGGCUCAGGAUGAUAAACCAUUAGAUUUUGGCCACGCCCUGUUACCGGGUGAAGGUGCUGCCAUGGCGGAGUACGUAAAAGCAGGCAAGCGUAUUCCAAGGAGAGGUGAAAUUGGCCUUACCAGUGAAGAGAUUGCUGACUUUGAGAAAUCAGGCUAUGUGAUGAGUGGAAGCAGACAUCGCCGUAUGGAGGCUGUGCGUCUGAGAAAGGAAAACCAGAUCUACAGUGCUGACGAAAAGAGAGCCCUAGCCUCCUUCAACCAAGAAGAAAGAAGAAAGAGGGAAAGUAAAAUCCUUUCCAGUUUCAGGGAAAUGGUGUACAGAAAGACUAAAGGAAAAGAAGAGAAAUAAAAUAUUAAACACAGUGCCGAAAUGCCAGCCCCGUGUUCCACUGUAUUAUAAUUUAGUAGUACUAGCUGAAAAUUCAUGCUUAUGUCUUGUUUUAGUUCUUACUUCUUGUGCAAAAUUUACUGAGGAAUUCAUUUAUCAGCCUUUUCAUGUUUCCUUUUUUUCCUCUUAAAUAAAAAGGUUUGAUUCUGAAGAU